UUUCCCGCCGCCCGCCUUCCACGCACGGCGGGUCCCGCCUCGCGCCGCUGCCGACACGGCCGCCGCUGCCGCUGCGGGAACAAAGGAGCGAAGCGGCGGCGGCGCGGCCGCCAGCCCGGCGCCCGCCGCAACCCCCGCUCUCCCCGCAGCCGCCCGGAGCUAUCCGCGGCGCCUUCUCCGGCACCCGCCGCGGGGUUUGUGGCCCCCGCCGGGAACAGCAUCGAGAUGACUCAGGAGACAAACCAGACCCCAGGGCCUAUGCUGUGUAGUACAGGAUGUGGAUUUUAUGGAAAUCCUAGGACAAAUGGGAUGUGUUCAGUUUGCUACAAAGAACAUCUUCAGCGACAGCAAAAUAGUGGUAGAAUCAGCCCAAUGGGAACAACCAGUGGUUCAAACAGUCCUACCUCAGACUCUGCAUCUGCACAGAGAGCAGACACUAGUUUAAACAACUGUGAAGGUGCUGCUGGCAGCACAUCUGAAAAAACAAGAAACGUGCCUGUUGCCGCUUUGCCUGUAACACAGCAAAUGACAGAAAUGAGCAUUUCAAGAGAGGAAGAAUUAACACCGAAAACAGAGACUGAGCCAGUUGUUACUCAACCAAGUCCAUCAGUUUCUCAGCCUGGUACUUCAGAGAGUGAGGAGAGAGCUGCUGAACUGCCGAAACCAAAGAAGAACAGAUGUUUCAUGUGCAGGAAGAAGGUUGGCCUUACAGGAUUUGACUGCCGAUGUGGAAACCUAUUUUGUGGACUUCACCGUUAUUCUGACAAGCAUAACUGCCCAUAUGACUACAAAGCAGAAGCUGCAGCAAAAAUCAGAAAAGAGAAUCCAGUUGUGGUGGCUGAAAAAAUUCAGAGAAUAUAAAUUAAUGUGCUUGUGAAAAGAC